UACUCUGCCAUAAAUAAAGGGGGACCCGUCUACAUCUCUGAUCAUAGACCCUGGAUCACACUUGGUAAGAUCUACAGAACGAGCUACAAACCAAACCAAGCGAGCAGAAGGUUCAUUUCUUAUAGGAAUUAGUGCAGUUUUAUACUGGAGCAGGACAUUGGAGCCAAAAUCUAAUCCCUUGUGACGGAUUACACCGGGUUUUAAGGAGCUGCUCGAGUUCAAGGCAACCAGUCGUGAAGUCAUGACUUUGAACAAAGGAGACAAGUGUCGGAACAUGGACAGGAGGAGAGGAAGUGCUCCGUUCCCCGUGCACCUCCAGACCCUGCACCGGAGGAGCAUGCCAGUGGAUGACCGCGAACUGCGCUCCUCGAUGCCGCCCGUGUACCCGGGCGAGUUGUCCAACCUGACCCGCUGCACGUCCUACAGUCCCGGCGAGCCGCACCGCGACAGCUGCGUCUCAGACUCCUCCGACUCGGUCAUCUCCUCCGGGAGCGACUCCAACGGCCAGAUCUACAAGGUCGUCAUCCUGGGCGAGCACGGCGUGGGGAAGUCCACGCUCGCGCGGAUAUUCGGCGGCGUGGAGGACACGCACGACUACGAGGACGCAGGAAAUACAUAUGACAGAUCGAUCGUCGUUGACGAAGAGGAAGCAAACAUCUUAUUAUAUGACAUCUGGGAGCAGGACAACAGCCAGUGGCUGAAGGAUCAGUGUAUGCGAAUGGGUGAUGCCUACAUCAUCGUCUACUCUGUGACGGACAAGUCAAGUUUUGAGAAGGCCUCAGAACUCCGUAUACAGCUCCGCCGGGCACGGCAGUCCGAGAACAUCCCUAUCAUCCUGGUGGGAAACAAGACAGACCUCGUACGCUCCAGAGAAGUGUCUGUAGAUGAGGGCAGCGCGUGCGCCGUGGUAUUCGACUGCAAGUUCAUCGAGACCUCGGCAUCUCUCCAUCACAACGUCCGAACCCUGUUCGAGGGAAUCGUGCGGCAAAUCCGCCUUCGGAGAGACAGCAAGGAGGAGAACGCACGGCGCAUGGCGAACUGCAAACGCCGAGAGAGCAUCAGCAAGAAGGCCAAGCGGUUUCUGGGUCGUAUGGUGGCACGCAAAAACAAGAAGAUGGCCUUCAGGCAGAAAUCCAAAUCCUGCCACGACCUUUCGGUGCUCUGAGUGAAAGUGGACUUGUAGAGCCAUGAAGACCAGAAGCUGUGUGUGUUUUUUUUUGGACACUAACUCAAGGACUAGACAACUGUACAAAGAUAUAUUUCCAUAUUUUAUAUUGUACAACAAACAGAACCCUACAAUAGUCAGUGGUGUAGACUUGCAUGAGGCUUUUUAAGUUUAUAUAUUUUUUAUUUUCAUAUUUUAUGUUUGUUUUUUUUGCCUUGAAGUUGUGAAGUGGUCAAAUGUUAGCAGUGCAAUUAGAAGUCAAGGUCUCAAAGCUCUUUCAUGAUGGACUGAGAGCUUCGGGCAUGCCUUCUCGAGAAAAGAAAGUUCUUUGCGAAUGCAGUAGCAAAAGUAUCGGGUCGUGGUGAUGGGAUACACGUUCUCAUGUACAUGUCUAAAUGAUGAGCACAAUUAUUUCUCCUCACUGAGAUGAAAAACAGAAUCGUAUUUACUUGAAUCUGAGUGCGCGGGUACGUACUUCAGCACUUCAGAAACACAGGAUGUUGUUUGGGGGAAAAGGGGAACUCUGGAGUGCGAAUUUCACAUGUUAUCCUCAACCUUUUAUUUAAGUUCAAGGUGUAACUGAAUAACGUAGAGGCAAUAAAUUGACCUUUUUUUUUUGUUUUUUGUUUUUGUUUUUUUCCGAAAUGUUUGAUUUGCACUUCCAUCGAACGUUAUUCUAUUGUUAAUUUUAUUACAUGUUUACACUGAUUUUUAUAAUAAAAAGAACUAAUUUAAGGAGCAAA